AUGCCUCCACAACCUGCAUAUGGCGCUGCUCCAGGAGUGGGAAGCCCAGUGCCUCAAGGUGGCUUCCAACAGCCUGCAUAUGGUGCUCAAGGUGGCUACGAAGCACCCGCGCCAGGUUACCCAACGCCAGGACAGCCUGGCGCACCCCCAGGAGUAGUGGGAAUGACACAGCAGUUUGGACAGAUGGGCAUGGGCGCGCAGCCUCCACAACCUCUGCCCCCACAGCAGCAAGGCGUACAAAUGCGACUGAACCCAUUGCAGCCCGUGGAUAUCAGUGCCCAAGGCGCACCCUUCCACGUUAGCGAUCUGGACCAGCCGCCACCUCAAAUCAUCCUGCCACCAAACUCAUCUGUCACUCCUUCGCCGCAUGCGAACUGCUCGCCCAGAUACGUUCGCUCUACCUUGAAUGCCAUGCCCGCCACGAACUCAUUGCUGAAGAAGAGCAAGCUGCCCUUUGCUCUGAUCAUCCAGCCAUAUGCAGCCCUACACGACGCCGAGGAUGAUGUCCCGGUCCAAUACGAUCAAGUCAUUGCUCGCUGCAGAAGGUGUCGUACCUAUAUGAACCCUUUUGCUAGCUUUUUGGACCACUCCCACCGAUGGAGAUGUAACAUGUGCAAUCUGACCAACGAUGUGCCUCAAAGCUUCGAUUGGGAUAGCGUGAAGCAGCAAUCAGUGGACAGAUGGCAGAGACCCGAGCUCAACUAUGCUGUGAGCGAGUUCGUAGCUCCCCAGGAGUACAUGGUCCGGGCACCACAGCCACUGAUCUACCUGUUCCUAUUUGAUGUCAGCUUCGCAGGUGUCACAAGUGGGCUAUUAGCGACUGCAGCACGAUGCAUUCUUGAGAGUCUGGACCGGAUACCAAACACCGAUCGCCGCACGCGACUAGGAUUCAUGGCUGUCGAUGGCUCUCUGCAUUACUUUCAAAUUCCUCGGGAUGGUGGCGAGAACAACGAUGCGAAGAUGCUGGUGGUCAGCGACCUGGACGAGCCAUUUCUGCCAACACCAGAAGACCUUCUCGUAAACCUGACUGAGUGCCGUGCCAAUAUCGAGGCCUUCCUCGAGAAGCUACAAGGCAUGUUCGCAAACACGCAGAGUAACAGCAGCGCCAUGGGCUCGGCACUUCGUGCUGGUCAUAAGUUGAUCAGCCACGUCGGCGGCAAGAUGGUCGUACUCUCAGCUACUUUGCCCAACGUCGGCUUCGGAAAGCUGGAUAUGCGGGAAGACAAAAAGCUACUUGGUACAUCGAAGGAGAACAGCUUACUGCAAACACAAAACAGCUUCUACAAGAGCUUUGCGGUCGAGUGCAGCAAGACUCAGGUUUCUAUCGACAUGUUCCUAUUCAGCGCACAGUACCAGGAUGUGGCUAGUUUGAGUAAUCUACCAAGAUACACUGGAGGUCAGACAUAUUUCUACCCGGCCUGGAACGCAGCACGCACGGAAGAUGCGAUCAAGUUCGCUACUGAGUUCAGCGACUAUUUGUCUUCCGAGAUUGGCCUCGAAGCUGUCCUGCGUGUACGAACCACAACUGGACUUCGUCCUAGCGCCUUCUACGGAAACUUUUUCAACAGAUCUAGUGAUCUCUGUGCGUUUCCCGCUAUGCCACGCGAUCAAGCCUAUGUGGUCGAAAUCGCGAUUGACGAGAGCAUCACCAAGGCGUUUGCAUGCCUGCAAGUUGGCGUUCUUCACACGACGUGCAACGGCGAGCGAAGAAUCCGCGUCAUGACCCUGAGCAUACCGGUCACUCAGAACAUGGCCGACGUAUAUGCUUCGGCUGAUCAACAGGCCAUCACACAUUACUUCGCGCAUAAAGCGGUGGAGCGAGCCCUGAGCAGUGGCCUUGAUGCCGCUCGUGAUGCUUUACAGGCCAAGAUGAUCGAAUUGCUCCAGACAUAUAAGAAGGAGCUCGGUGGAGGCAACAUGGGUGGCGGUGGACUCCAGUUCCCAGCCAACAUGCGCGCAAUGCCGAUGCUGUUCCUUGGUCUGAUGAAACAUCUUGGUCUUCGUAAGUCAUCUCAGAUCCCCACCGAUCUUAGGAGUGCGGCAUUGUGCCUCUUGUCGACAUUGCCGCUUCCGCUCUUGAUGCAGUACAUCUACCCGCGCAUGUACUCAUUACACGACAUGCCUGACGAUGCUGGCCUACCAAACCCCGAUACCGGAGCCAUUGUCAUGCCUCCUCCUCUCAACCUUACCUCGGGCAACAUCGUUCCAUUCGGACUGUACCUUAUCGACGACGGCCAGACGCAGUUCCUCUGGCUAGGCCGUGAUGCUGUGCCGGCUCUCAUCAAUGAUGUCUUUGGCACAGAAGACAAGAACCAGCUCAAGCAAGGGAAGACGUCUCUGCCUGUGCUUGAAAGUGAAAUGAACGAGCGCGUUCGUGCGGUCGUGGAGAAGUCUCGCGACCAUCGUGGCAAGGGUUGUGGUAGCAUUACCGUGCCGCCGCUCUAUCUCAUCAGAGAGGACGGCGAGCCAAGCUUACGUCUUUGGGCACAGACGAUGCUGGUAGAAGAUCGUGCCGACCAGGGCGUGUCGGGCGCGAUGUUUCUCGGUACGUUGCGCGAAAAGGUGGUUUCCUGA